AUGGACCCGCGCGCGCGCCUCUGGUUUGGCAACACGUGGCAUCUCCAGGUGCCGCUCGAGCACAUGACGGAAGGCUGCGUCGCGGUCUUUGAGCUGCUUCGGUACGACUACCACACGGACGGCCCGGAAGUGUUUUGCUGGACCUUCUUCCGCUUGGAUCUGAGCAAGAUCACGAGCGCGCCGCUGACGUUUGAAAUGUACUCGCCGCCCGUGGACCCGUACAGCCAGAUCCUUGCCCGCAUGCCCGGCGACUCGUUCUUCCAGGCCGAGCUCAACAUCUCGUUGUAGUUACUGGAGGAACCGAUCAUCUUUUCUAUCGCUAUAUUUGAUCAAUGUACAAGCUGUCUUUCGUCGACAACA